AUGAGUACAGCUUUUGUUGUUGGAGCCACCGGUGCCGUUGGAUCAGAACUCGUGAAACUGCUCGCCGAUUCCACAAAGUUCUCGAAAGUUGUUCUGCUUGCAAGAAGAUCAGUUGAUGCGGCAACUGGAGAUAAAUUCAUUCAAAAGACUGUCGACUUCGAGAAACUCGAGGAGAAUGCUGAAGAUGUUCGCAAUCUUGACGUAGCUUUCUGUGCUCUCGGAACCACUCGUGGAAAAUCAGGGCCUGAUGGUUUCUACAAAGUCGAUCACGAUUAUGUGAUGAAUGCAGCUAAAUUGGCCAAAGAGAACGGAGUCAAGCAAUUCGUACUUGUCAGUUCAGGAGGAGCAGAUGAAACGUCACGAUUUUUGUAUAUGAAAACCAAAGGAGAGGUUGAGAAAGAGAUAGGAGAACUCAACUUUGAGAAGUUUGUCAUCAUGCGUCCAGGGCUUAUCGAAACAAAACGUCAGGAAUUUCGUCUCGGCGAAGUUGUUGGAUGUGUUCUUCUGAAGCCACUCAAGCUCUUUUCAAAUCGUUUUUCGAGUUCAGCCACAGAAAUCGCUCAAGCUAUGAUAAACGCAACGCAAACCGACGACACUGGAAAACACAUUUGGGACAAUGUGAAAAUUGUGGAGGAAGCCAAACAUUAUUCUGCUUAA